UGAAGACUGAGGGAGAGAGUGGAGGAGAGGAGGAGGAAGGAAGGAAGAUGAUGGCAGCAGCAGCAGCAACAGCAACAGCAACAGUGAACAUUUCUGCUCUUAAGUGACAAACAUUCUACUGUAGACCCACUUUUUUAACCUGGGCGGUUCCUGUACUCGAGGGUUUUACUCCACCAAGAUGUCGGCGUCGGCGAUAUUUAUCCUCGACUUGAAGGGAAAGGUGCUGAUCUGCCGUAACUACAUGGGGAACAUGGACAUGAACGAGAUUGACCACUUCAUGCCCAUUCUGAUGAAGAGGGAGGAAGAGGCUGAGAUGUCACCGGUGGUCUGCCAUGGCUCUUCACACUUUAUGUGGAUCAAACACAGCAACCUUUAUUUGGUGGCGAUGACCAAGAAGAAUUCCAACGCUGCUCUUGUGUACUCUUUUCUUUACAAAAUAGUCCAGGUGUUUACGGAAUAUUUCAAAGAGCUGGAGGAGGAGAGCAUCCGCGACAACUUUGUGACUGUGUACGAGCUGAUGGACGAGGUCAUGGACUUUGGCUUUCCUCAGACAACUGACAGCCAGAUCCUACAAGAGUACAUCACACAGCAGGGUCAUAAAUUAGAGGUCGGUGCUCCUCGACCUCCUGCCACCGUCACUAACGCAGUGUCCUGGCGGUCAGAGGGCAUCAAGUACAGGAAGAACGAAGUUUUCAUGGACGUCAUUGAGUCUGUAAAUCUACUGGUGAGUGCCAACGGCAGCGUCCUGCGCAGUGAAAUACUGGGCAGCAUUAAGCUCAAAGUCGUCCUGUCGGGGAUGCCUGAACUCAGACUGGGCCUCAAUGACAAAGUGCUGUUUGAAAUCACAGGCAGAGAGAAGAGUAAGACAGUGGAGCUGGAGGACGUGAAGUUUCACCAGUGUGUCCGCCUGUCACGUUUCGAGAAUGACCGCACCAUUUCCUUCGUCCCACCUGAUGGCGAGAGUGAGCUCAUGUCCUACCGCCUUAACACUACAGUGAAGCCUCUCAUAUGGAUCGAGAGUGUGAUUGAGAAGUAUUCACACAGUCGUGUGGAGAUCAAGGUGAAGGCUCGCAGUCAGUUUAAGAGUCGGUCCACAGCCAACAAUGUGGCCAUUAUGGUUCCAGUGCCCAGUGAUGCUGAUUCACCCAAGUUCAAGACCAGCACGGGCAGCGCCAAGUGGGUUCCUGAGAAGAGCGUUGUGCAGUGGAACAUCAAGUCUUUCCCUGGUGGUAAAGAGUACAUCAUGCGGGCACACUUUGGGCUGCCCAGUGUGGAGAGCGAGGAACUGGAAGGGAAGCGGCCAAUCACAGUCAACUUUGAAAUCCCCUAUUUCACUGUGUCUGGAAUUCAGGUGCGAUACCUAAAGAUCAUAGAGAAGAGCGGUUACCAGGCAUUACCAUGGGUGCGCUACAUUACACAAAGUGGAGAUUACCAGCUCCGGACAAACUAAAGGGCACAGAUGCUGCUAGACGAAUGGAUUCUCCUGCUGUAUCUCUCCUCUUUUCUCCUCUCGUCUUCUUGUCUCUCCUCCCCUCUUCUCUCCUCUGCUCUCCUGCUCUAAUGGACAGCAGAGGACAGGAGGACACAUGACAUUUUCGACCCACUGUGAGCGGAAACCAGACAUCAUCACCAGCUCUUCCAAACUCCGCACAAACGGGAAAAGCUGUUGCGUAACCUUUGACCUGUGAUUUUUUUUCUUUUUUUUAAAGGUUCCUCAGGACUCAAGUAAAAGUGAAUGCUGAACUGUUAACGUGGUGACACACCCUAUGGUUCUGUCCAGCCCAUUAGUUUUAAUAUCCCACAAGGUCAAUUAAGUGAAUUUGAGAAUCAAAAAGGGCCAGUGUGUAAGAAUUAGUGCCAUCCGGUGGUCAGACUGCAGAGUUCCACUCACCUCCACUCACCUCCUCCCUUUCCCAAGUAUGUCAUACCAGAGAGGAUGUUGCUGUUUGUUUUUGUUCGCUUCAAAAUGCAAAACAUACGUUUUUAUUUCGAACGCUACAAAAACCAAACAUUUUUAUUUUAGAUUUAAUGUUCAAUUAUGUGCUUAUAAGUCCUUUUAAAUCAAGGGUGUCAAACAUACGGCCCGGGGGCCAGAACUGGCCCACCAGAGGGUCCAAUCCGGCCCACAGGAUGAAUUUGUUAAAAAAUUUCACACUUUGAUUACAAUCUAAACGUAAUGUCAAAUGCAGUCUAGUGUUACACAUCGUACUGGAUCUAUAAAGGCACAAACAUUUAGUCAUUUAAUAGUAAAUUUAGGCAUGAUAUUGUUGAAAUUGCACUUAUAUUUCUCAAGAAAUUUCAUGUUUUGUAAAAAUAUCCUUCAUUAAAUGUGAAACAAAGGAGAAAAAACAUAGGAGUUCUUGUUGGUCAUAUUAUUUUACUAUUUUUACUGGUCCGGCCCACUUCAAAUUGUGCAAUAUGUGGCCCCUGAACAAAAUGAGUUUGACACCCCUGUUUUAAAUGCUACGCACUGGACAUUUAAUAUAGUUUUACUUGUAAGAACGUGUAAGAUGAACAAAUCAAGCGUUGGAAGAAACCUUACCUAUUCAAGGUUCUCUGCUUUCCCCUUAAAAAAAUAUGGCUUUUCAAUGUGGAACAUGCAGAACAGAUCAUAUUGCAUCAGGAUACAGUGACUAUGAUUGGUUAUUAUCAUUUAGCAUUUCUAAAAGAGAUGUUUUUUUCCCUUUCUGCAGAACAAAUAAAAAUGUUCUGUCUAGGAUUUGAACCACUACGCCACAUUAUCUCCCUUCUUCGUCUGAGGCACACGUUUUGCCUGAACUGCUACAUUAUACACGUUCAUUGCCUUAAAAAAUAAAUAAAAAAAAGCCUAUGUAUCAUCACCUUUAGAACUGUGAGCAUGAUCCCCAGGUGCAAUGAAGCUCAACACCAGUGACCAAAUCAAUGAUUAAUAAGGCACAAUAAUGUCAGAGGCGUUGGCAGUGUAACGUAAUAUUGUCGACACACUCCUGUGGGGCCUGUAACCUUGUCCUUGUGCUCGAAAAAAUCAGCAUGCGGCUCUGACGAACACACUGAAAGAUUUCGCCGCAGACAUUUUUGUCAUAUUGUUAUCUGUAUAUGUUUAUAUUGCACUAUAGUUGUGUGUCCCCUGUGGAAAAUGCUCAGAAAGGCAAGAAAGGUAGGAUCAGGUAGGGCGGUAAGACAAAGGUAAAAUCACCUCAAGGGAUUUGUUUCUUUGCAGAAUCUCAGAACACUGACAAUAUGUUGAGGUAAUUGUGAUUUUUUUUUCAUGACUGGUUAAUUUUUAUAUGUGGACCUUUGCAGGAGGCUUCUAUUCAUCUAACGAGGAGUUGGUGUUGUAAUUCCCUCCAUCCCUCCCUCUGUUGUUGAUGAAUUGCACCACAUCAACUCACUGUCAAAGGAAAAAAAAAAACAAUGAGGAUUUUUAAUAACUGUGUGUUAUCAUCGUUAAUUUAUCAACUGCUGUUUGUCCAUUGGAAACAAAGGGAUAUAUUUGGAAAUAAACCAUUUUUUUUGUA